AUGACGAAAAUAACAGAUGCAGCAACGAGACAGGCAGUUCAAAGUGCCUAUGACGCCGUUAGAGCAACUGUUGUGAAAAGUCAAGAAAAAGAGUUACAACAGACCAAAACAGACCUAGUAAAUGCUUUCUUAAAAACGAAAAGUCAGGUAGGACAUUACGCUGCAGAUGGAACAUAUGUGCCAGCUGGUGGAACUUAUGUACCAGCUGGUGGAACUUAUAUACUAGCUAGUGGAACUUAUAUACCACCAAACCCUCCAAGAGAAGCACCUGCACCAGGACUACCUAACACAUUUACAUCGUCACAUGGACACAGACACAGGCAUGCACCAAAACCAACACAACAACAACAACAACAACCACCUCCACAACCAACAGUUCAAAACCCUGCACAACAACCACCUCCACAACCAGCACAACAACCAACAGUUCAAAACCCUGCACAACAACAACCACAAACAGAGCAAGGACAUAAAAGAAGUAGAGAACAAGGAAACCAAGAAUUCUUAAAAAUGCUUAAAGAAGACUAUGGUUACCCAGAUAGUAUUGACUUUAGUGACAGAUAUAAAGAAGCUAUUAGAAAGUUCAAGGAUGGAAAUACUGACCCGAACCUAUUUAGCUUUAUGGCUCUGCACCAAAGGGGAUAUAAUCUCAAACCUGGAAAAUACAAGCUCGCUAAGGGAUAUGAUUUAAUAGCAUAUCAUCCAAAUGACAUGAACGAAUUUACUCCGAGAUAUUUGAUGUCAGAGCUAAAUGACAAUUUAACUCUCUUCAUGAAACGCGUAAAAAAUAGAGACGGAACGAAAGAAGAAAGGUUUAUGAGUCCGGAUGACUUAGAAAGGGAACUUGUUGAAAACGGUCUCGGAAUAUAUGAAAUGCCAGCAGAUGAGGUACAAGAAACUCCACAGGAAGAAGUUCAGAUACAACCAGACAUGGAAGAAAUAG